AUGUCGAAUCAGCACCAACAGAUUUCGAGCGAAUCGUAUCUCUUCGCAUUGCGGGAAUAUCAACAAGCAAGCCUUGAAUUUAUUUCAAGACUGUCAGCGGAGAACCAUGCACUGAAGUGUGAGAUCGAUACACUCAAGAAAGAUAACACUCAACUGACUGCUCGUAUUGGAGGUCUGGAAGCCCUGUGCCGCGAGAAGGAUGCAGCGUUUGCAACACUCCAACAGAGGGCCGAAGCACACGCCCCGGUUAAGCUCGAAAUUCCCAAACGAAUUCGCUUCAAAAUGACAGAAACCGCGCCCCGCACACCAGAGUACAACAUGGCGUUAGGACGACCACUCAAUCCUGUAUUAUUCAAAGCAACGAGCGGGGCAAAAGAGGCCAAUGCAGCGACAGGACAGGCGAUAACACGAAACGAGUGA